UGACAGCGAGACAGCAGGAUGGCGACCAAGUGCUGCCGUCGGUCUGUAUGCUCCAAGUCGUCUGCGUAUGCCGUCCUGCUAGGGGGAGUAUAUGUUACCUUGGGUUCCAGUAGGAUCCUCUUGAUGAAAUAUUCAGCCAAUGAACAUAACAAGUAUGAUUACCUUCCUGCAACUGUGAAUGUGUGCUCUGAGCUAGUAAAACUAGUGCUGUCUAUGAUAGCGGCACUCUGGGUAACAAGAAGAGGUCAAUUAUGUCAUCAUUUUGGAUGUACAUCAUGGAGGCAAUUUUGUAACUACAUGAAAUGGUCAAUUCCUGCCUUUCUUUAUUUUUUGGAUAACCUGAUUAUUUUCUAUGUCUUAUCCUACCUCCAACCAGCUCUGGCUGUAUUGUUCUCAAAUUUUGUCAUUAUAACAACAGCAUUCCUAUUCCGGAUAGUGUUGAAACGGCAGCUCUCCUGGGUGCAGUGGGCCUCGUUGCUGAUUUUGUUCCUGUCCAUCAUAGCUCUGACUGCUGGGACCGGAAGCCAUCAGAAUGGCUUGGCUGCCCAUGGAUUUCAUCAUGACAUGUUUUUCAGCCCAUCAAACAGCUGCCUUCAAUACUCCAGGCUCGAAAGAGAGUGCUGGGGAAGGAGUAACUGCACAGUAUCUGGGCUUUUUCCCACCUUCAGGUGGAACGUCACUGCCACCACGGCAGGAGCUUUGAAAACCCUCCGCCUUGGCCUGGGCCACCUUCUCAUACUAGUGCAGUGCUUCAUCUCUGCUCUGGCCAAUAUCUACAAUGAAAAGAUUCUGAAAGAAGGAGACCAACUCAGUGAAAGCAUUUUUGUGCAGAACAGCAAACUCUAUGUAUUCGGGGUGCUGUUUAACGGGCUAAUCCUAGCCCUGCACUCUGACUACUACAGGCAGAUACAGUCCUGUGGCUUGUUUUAUGGGCACAACACCUUCUCCAUAGCCCUCAUUUUUGUCACAGCCUUCAUGGGACUGUCUGUGGCCUUCAUCUUGAAGUUUCGAGACAACAUGUUCCACGUCAUGACUGCCCAGGUCACCACAGUGGUAAUCACCACUGUGUCGGUCAUAGUCUUUGACUUCAAACCUUCUCUGGAGUUCUUCUUGGAAGCUCCUGUGGUGCUUCUCUCCAUAUUUAUCUACAAUGCCAGCAAACCACCUGGGCAAGAAUACGUUGUUCAGGGGGAGAGGAGCAAACUUUUCAGUGGAGACAUGUGGGAACGUUCCAGUGGGGAUGGAGAGGAGCUUGAGAGACUGACCAAAGCAAAUAGUGAUGCUGAUACUGAUGAAGAUGCCUUCUAGCCUAGGGUGGUACAGAUGAGUGCUGGGCAGUCUUCAAGAGAGCAGCUUGAAUGCCCUUCAGAAUGUGGAAGAGUCCUUUUUUACUGUGCAGAGCAAUUGAGAAUAUUUGUUUUUUGGUGGUUUCAGGGGAGAGGUGAUGGUGGAGUUUACUGUUUUCAAGUUGUGCCAGUAACUCAAACACAGCAGGGUAAGUUUCAGGGUUGGAGGUGAUUACAAAUGAGUAUAAACCCCAUGAUGUACCAGAAGUAGGAAAGGAACACUGUAGAAUCACUAGCUUGAUCCAUGUAAAUUGCAGUGUAUGCUGUAUUCACCUCUUGCAUCAGUGUAAAUCACGGGCUAAGCGCAAUGAAGUCAAUGUAAAGGGGUGGAGAAUAUGUGGCCCUUAGUCUUAUUGAUCAGGAUGAUCCAAGAGCUGAGUGUCAGCCCAGCAAUUUGAAAGUAAAGGCGGAGCACUAGUGUUCAUGUGCACCGUAGUGACAGUGUUGACUCCCCUCCUAGGCAAAGGUCCUCAUCCUACAAACAUUCUGUCAGUGUUGAUCCUGGUUCACCCUCAGUUGCUCUGUGGUUUGGCCCCCUGACAUCGUCGUGUGCCAUCAGCAUGUGGAACGUUGCCUAAGCUAUAGGUACCCUUAUAUCUGAAUUUGUAUUAACAUGUUUGUUAGUGUCAUGUCCUUCUGUUCUUUUGACAAAUGGUUCCAUAGCAGCAGAACCAGUUUCAUCACCAUUCCAAUAGCUUUCGGGAGUUGCUGAGCAUCUGUUAUGUUACUACAACUUACCAACUUACAAGCACUUGUGGUCUAUUGGUAACGUGACUGGUAUAGCCGAUUGGAAGACCAGCUUCCCUGCUCAUCUGAAAUCUGAGGGGCUUUUUUAUUUUUUAAAAUGGAUCUUGUUGCAUCUUCCUCUAGUUUGAAAAUUCUUAUGCCUUGUGUGUCUCCCUGGAAUUAUAGUUUGUCCAUUGCAGUACAUUGGAGAGUUCUGUUCUAUGUCACUGGAAAUGAAAUUAUGCUGAAACCGUAUUUCACUGUUUUGUCAAUACAAAAUAAUGACUUUUAAAUUUUAAGGAAAUUGGCAAGAGAAAUUUGGCCCCAAAAAUAUUUUUUGUACAAGCUUUUAAAAAUGAUUCUGAAAUUUCCAUGAUCUUGAAAAAAGGAAUCAAGUGUAAUCUACAGAAAACCUGUAUAUUUUUAUGCAGUGUUUGUGGCACAGAGCUCCAGUGCAUGGCCUCUGAUAAUUACAUUGACUGGAGACUGUAGCAUAAUUUGGCCAGGCUAUUCCUUGUGUCCAUACUUAGAGAAAUGGAAGAAGAAAAUGCUGUGAAUUAUGAAAGGCACAUUGAAUUAUGGAAACAAUUCCUGUUAACAUUGGACAACAUGGUCAGGAAGAUUGAGCAUCUCCUGAGGUCUAUUUUUUCUACAGGUUUGGCCAUUUUGCCCAGAUCAUUUUCAUUUUAACUUUCAACCCAAGUUACCCUGUUCAUACAACAGAAAUAAAAAUACCAUUAACAACCUCACAGGAAUGUCAUGAGGAUUAAGUGUUGAAUUUGAGUCUCUGCACAACUCUACAAACACUCCAUUAAGUGUUAUUUUAAUAAUUAAGUUAUUACUGAUACCACAGGUAAGGAGACCUGUUUACAAAUAUGGAGGCAAAUUCACUGCUAUAUUCUGGUUGCUUGACAGCAUUGUGGUUAUGUAGAGUAGCCAUGAACCCAGUUUAAUCAGACAGUUGCUCUGAAUCUGCCUCAUUUGUUUUAAACUAAUAGUGUAUAUUGAGACAAGCCAUUUGGCUUAGGGGGAGGUAUUGUUCUCUAUUACAGGGAUGCCUUUGUAACAAACAUUGAGUUUUACAUGUAAUUUAUCAGACCUAAUGGUGAAAUAAAUUUGAAUAAAUUAAAGUAUGAAUAAUAAAUCCACAGGC